GUAAGGAAGCAGGUACGUAUCUUCCCGUCCAGACAUGCUGCUCCUUUCCCACCCCAGGUGCAUCGUCCAUCAGGUACUUGGCCCCAUUUCCUGUACAUCCCCCCAAAUUGUCUACGGAAAGGUACUUUCUUCACUUUGUUGCUAGGUGCGGCACUGGCAGCCCAGGUUUAUGGACAAGGCAAAAGGCGAGGCAAAACAAGGCCAGGUAAUAGUUUAGGAAGCUUGGGUAGGUAGGUAGGUAAGUAAGUAGAGAUGGACCAGGUGCAGGUGCAGGUCCAUCCAUCCAUCCACCAUCCCAUCCGUCGGCCGGUGCUUGGUGCCUCUCGUGCUUGGUUGCUGGACCUGGUACCGGUGCCGCUGCUUAAGGUCGACCGUCGACCGUCGACCUUCUUUGACGUUUCCUACCAUUUUGCCUUCCGCUUGUCUGGACCUGGACCUGGACCUGGACCCGUCUUCCUCUUCUCCUUCCUUCCUUUCCACAUCACUUCCUCCCUGCCCAUCUUCACCACCUUCACAAACACGCCCGAUUCUGGCUCCGGCCCCCCAUUGCUUCCUAACCCUCCCUGGUCGCCCGGAACCUUGACUCUCGGCUCCCAUCUAGUCCUUCCCACUACCGAUCCGACCCUUACCUUACUCAUUCACCCUUCCCUUUCCCAUCAUCCUUUCACUCACUCGUUCUCAUCCUCAUUCUCAUCCAUCCACACCGCACCCCAAACACCACACACAUCCAUCCCUACAUAUCCAGUAUCCGCUGCGCUCGCGUCCACGCGCCCCGUCUCCCAGCGUCACGUACUGCCCAUCGGCUGGAUUCCGUAGCCUUCGCGCAGUCACAUCCCAUAUAUCCAUCCCCAUCGGACGCGAUCCUUCCACGCAUCCAUAUCUACCUAGCCGUCUCAUGGGCCACAUCUCGUCCACGGCCGCCUGCCUCACUGCAUAAGUAGUCCUCAGAUCCCAUUU